AUGGUUACAUCUAGUAUAAUAGGAUUUAUGAAUGUCGAACUAAAACAACAUGCAAAUACAAAUUGGUGUCGUUGGCGUGGUUUUCUUAUUCAUGCUGUUCUUUGCAUACUCUACGAUUCAUAUGUUUUACAAGCAACAUUUCGAUUUUUUCGUGUUGUUUUCCCUCGGCGUAAAAUUUUACAUAAUUUUCCUGUCUACUGUCUUGUUAUACUUGUUGUAUCAUUAUUUGGUUUAAUCAGUAUAUCACCAGUUAUUAUCCGUGAUGAUGUUAUCUAUCUACCGUCGGAAUAUUAUUGUCAAACACCAUUUACAAACAUUCCUGGUAUAGUCUACAUAGCCGUUCGUCUUUUCUUUCUUCCCAUUGUAUUCAUCGCAAUAAUUUAUUUAUGUUUACUAAAUCAUAUUGGCCGUCAAGCAAAUUCGUUGCGCUAUAGACAUCGUCAUCGAUCGAGACAUAAUCGAAGAAAUCUAAAAGUCAUAAGACGACUUCUGCUCAUGUUAACUACGCUUAUUUUUCUUGGUUUGCCUUCAAUGAUAUUUUUAACUAUUUUAAUAUUAACUCGACAUCUUGUAUCGCUAACAUAUCGUAUCGGUUGGUUAUCUGUUUCAUUUUCACUUGUUUUUCUUGCCUAUAUGCUUAUACAACUUACUAGACCGUUAAGAAAAACAAUGAGAAGAUUGUUCCGUCGUGAAACAUCGUAG